AUGUCCCCACACGUGGAAAACAAUCGAGCGGAAUGCUUGUGCAACGAGGAUUCACCAGACUCGCCCAAUCUUUCGACAUCAUCCUCCAAGGCCUCUUCGCCAAUACCGGGAAGUCCGGACCAAAUCCUACAGUCUCGAUUACUCCCAACCACUUCGCACGAUCGCGGGCAUGAUUCCCAUCACUCGCUCGAUCGUGGAUUUUUAAAGGAGAUCUUGAACAACAGGUUUGUACUCUGUUGUGCUUUGUUUGCCAGUCUAGGAGGGAUCCUGUUUGGCUAUGAUCAAGGAGUAAUUUCAGUGACGCUGGUUAUGGAUCAUUUCAAUUCCCGAUUUCCUCAAAUAGACCGGCGUGUUUCGGGCGACAGAGCGGCCAGUUUCUGGAAAGGUUUCCUCACCGCAAUGAUCGAGCUGGGAGCGGUUGUAGGUGUCAUGUUGGCAGGCUUCAUAGCGGACAGGUGCGGUCGGAAAAGUGCCAUCAAGACUGGCUCCUUAUUUUUCAUCGUCGGAUCAAUUGUCCAAACCUCUGCACUGGAUUUGAUCAUGCUCCUGGUCGGCCGUUUCGUCGGUGGAAUAGGAAUUGGCAUAUUGUCCAUGGCAUGUCCUAUGUAUAUGGGUGAAAUCAGUCCCAACAACAUUAGAGGUGCUCUGCUCUGUUUAGAGGAGUUCAACAUCGUUUUGGGGAUCGUCGUGGCCUUUUGGAUCACUUACAUGACCCGAUUGAUAGAAAGCGAGGUUUCCUGGAGAUUACCGUUUGGGAUUCAAUUGCUACCUGCGAUCAUCAUUUUGCUGGGCCUUUCACUAUUACCAUCCUCUCCCUCCUGGCUUGCAAGCCAUCAACGAUAUGAUGAAUGCCUCAAGACACUCUCGACGUUAAGACAGUUGCCGAUCGAUGAUGAGUCUGUGAGACAAGAGUGGUUCGAUAUCCGCGUCGAGGCGGAGUUCCAACGAGAGCUUCAUUUGGCUCGGUUUGGUGAGCUUCCGGAGCAGGCAUGGUCCCAACUCAAAAUGGAGUUCCAGAAGUGGGGCGACACGUUUUCCAAGCGCUGUCGCCGUCGGACCCUCGUCGGUGUUGGCCUCUCUUUCUUCCAACAAUUUGUUGGAAUAAAUGCUUUGAUCUACUAUUCCCCAACUCUUUUCGAAACACUUGGGUUGGAUGUAGAGCUACGAUUACAGAUGAGCGGCAUCAUGAAUAUGUGUCAAUUAUUCGGCGUGACAAUCUCGUUUCUGUUCAUCGAUAAAGUCGGAAGACGGCCGUUGUUAUUGUUCGGAAGUGUGAUGAUGACCAUUUGCCAUCUCACCGUGGCCAUCUUGAUCCGUCAGUAUAGCGCUGAUUGGGCACAACAUAAAAUAGCUGGGUGGGCUGGUGUGGCCUUUCUGCUUCUUUACAUGGUGGUAUUUGGCGUCAGUUGGGGCCCGAUCCCAUGGGCAAUGCCAUCGGAGAUCUUUCCCUCCUCCCUUCGGGCUAAAGGCGUCGCGGUUAGCACUAUGUCAAAUUGGAUCAAUAACUUUAUCAUUGGCUUUAUUACACCUCCACUGAUUGAAAAAACAAACGAAGGGGCCUUCAUCUUUUUCGCAUUCAACUCGUUAUUGUCGUGGGUCUUUGUUUGGUUAGUUGUACCUGAAACGGCCUAUCGAUCAUUGGAGGAAAUGGAUCGAGUGUUUGGUGAUCAAUUGGCCGUCGAAGACCAACUUAAAAAAUCGCAAAUAUUCCAGAAAAUCAUCUCUCAAGAGCAUUAG